CGUAACAUGGUGCUGACGACAGGAUGGGCCGUGUCCGCGUGGUUACUGCUGCUGCUGCUGCUGGUCGUGGCAGCGGCCCCGGAACCCGUCAUCGAGUAUAAGGUGGGAGUGCUAAUGACGUCCAGACUGGACUCGCCGUUCGACCUGGAACGAUGCGGGCCCGCCGUCGACCUGGCCAUGGACAUGGUCAACGAGAAGUUACUGUCCCGGCAUAAUGUUAAACUCAAAAAAGUCGAAAAAAGUUAUCCUUCAUGUUCAGGUGCUCGAGCUCCGGGAUUGGCUGCGGACAUGUACUUUUACGAUAACAUCAUAGCGUUUAUAGGACCAGCCUGUGCGUUUGCCCUGGAACCGGUUGCCAGACUAGCAGCUUAUUGGAACUUGCCGAUUAUAACUGGAAUGGGAGAUCAACCACCAGCAGAAGGGCAAGUUUCCGUGAUGUCUGGAAUACUCGGGAAGAAAAACGAAUCGGGAAUAUUCAAGGACAAAUCUGAGUUUCCAACACUAACGAGAAUGUCAUAUUGCCAGUGUCGAUUAAAAUUAGUGUUUAUAAGUAUUUUCAAAAAGUUUCAAUGGAAUCAUAUAGCUCUAAUACAAGAUCGAUCAGAUUUAUUUUCUCUGACAGUAGGUAAAAAUUUGGAAACUGGACUUCGGAAAGCUGGAUUUUUAAGUUUUUUUCGUGAAAUUGAUGGGAACGAUGAAGAACCUUGUGAAGCGUAUCUUAAAGAUGCUAGUAUGUACGCGAGAGUUGUCAUCUUAUGCGUAAGAGGUACUUUGGUGCGAAAAUGUAUGUUGGCCGCUCACAAACUCGGUAUGACCAAAGGCGAAUGGGCGUUUUUGGACGUUGAACUAGAUCAGGGUUCUUACUGGGGAGCGCACGGUUGGGCAGCCAACGACACUCAAGACGGUGCGGCUAGAAAAGCCUACGAAUCGCUGCUGCGAGUGUCUUUACUGAAGCCGGGAAGUUCGCAGUUUCAAAACUUCUCUAAGCUCAUCAAACAAAAGGCGUUGGAAAAUUAUAAUUACACGCUGUCCGAGAACGAAGAAGAGAAUUUUUUCGUCGGAGCGUUUUACGACGGCGUACACUUACUCGGCAUGGCAAUGAACGAAACUCUGACCAACAACAAAGACAUUAGAGACGGCAAAGCAAUUACCAGUCUGAUGUGGAACAGAACAUUUAACGGUGUCACCGGUCGUGUGAGGAUCGACGAGAACGGCGACAGGGACGCGGAUUAUGCGAUAUUAGACCUGGAUCCCAUCAACGGCCGCUUCGAGGUGGUCGCCAAGUACUACGGCGAGGCGAGGACUUACAGCCCGGUCGUGGGCAAACACAUACACUGGCCCGGCGGCUGCGACGGACCCCCCAAAGAUAUACCGAAAUGCGGAUUCAUAGGCAACGAUCCGGUUUGCAAUUCCGAAGGUGCCUACUACAUUACACUGUACGCGUCAAUUGCAUUUAUUGUGAUCAUUUCGUUUGUGUGUGUGUUAGCGUUUCUUAUUAACAGACAAUUAAAACUAGCAGCUGAUCUAAAUAAUAUGAGUUGGAAGGUGAGACCUGAAGAAGUUUUGAUUGAAGUCAGCAAACCGUACUCAUCACGAUUAGCUUUACAAAAACCCACAGAGAUAUUCGAGCCGGCCUUACAAGAAAAGUUGAUCUGCCGAAGAAGAUCUGACACGUCGAACUCAUCGUUGCCACCAGCGCAAGUAUAUACAACCGUUGGUAUCUAUAAGGGCUCCAGAGUGGCGAUAAAAAAAGUCGUGAAGAAAAAAGUGGAUUUAAACAAAAAACUACUAUGGGAAAUCAAACAAGUACGGGACGUAACACACGAGAACACAGUUCGCUUCAUUGGCGCAUGCAUCCACUGUCCUACUGUAUUAAUAAUGACUGAAUACUGUCCCAAGGGUAGUUUAAAAGACGUGUUGGAAAACGAAGCCCUUCGCCUAGACUGGAAUUUCAGGAUGUCGUUAAUUCAUGACAUAGUUAAGGGCAUGGCGUUCUUGCACAGUUGCGAAGUAGGAGUGCACGGUAAACUUCGUUCAAGUAACUGUCUGAUCGACGGCCGAUUUGUGCUCAAACUAUCAAACUUCGGGUUGCGCACGCUUACCACACCAUCGGAAGUCAUCCGGGACAGUGUUUACUACCACAAGUUAUUAUGGGUCGCUCCGGAGCUACUAGGGGAACACACGACGGCUGUGAUACAGGCUACGCAGAAAGGAGAUGUCUAUAGCUUCGCUAUUGUCUUAGAAGAAAUAGUGGUGCGUGGUGGUCCAUACGAGUUCGUUAAAAACGAAAUGACAACCCAAGAAAUUCUCGAAAAGGUCGAAAAACGUGAAGAACCCUAUUUCAGACCUGAUAUAUCUGGACACGAUUGCCCUGAGCCGUUGUCCGAACUUAUGCAGAGAUGUUGGAACGACGUACCAGAAGAAAGACCGGGAUUCGAUAUAAUGCGCAGUAUUGUCCGGCAGAUCACAAGGGGUUAUUGUGAAAAUUUGAUGGACGAUUUGGUGUUGAGAAUGGAACAGUACGCGAACAAUUUGGAAGCGCUCGUCGAAGAAAAAACUGAUCAGUUGAGCCAGGAAAAACGACGGUCGGAAGAAUUAUUGUUCCAAGUACUUCCCAGACCGGUUGCACAACAGCUAAUGGCCGGCGAAAUGGUUAAACCCGAACAGUUCGAAAGCGUCACUGUAUACUUUAGUGACAUCGUAGGUUUUACUGCUCUCUGCGCACAAAGCUCUCCUAUGCAGGUGGUGAACCUUUUAAACGACUUGUAUAGCACAUUUGAUCGAAUAAUAGGGUUCUACGACGUGUACAAGGUCGAAACGAUUGGCGAUGCUUAUAUGGUAGUUUCUGGACUGCCGGAAAGGAACGGUGACAACCAUGCUAAGGAAAUAGCACUCAUGUCCUUAGCUAUAUUAGACGCUGUUCAAAUGUUUACUAUUCAACAUAAGCCCGACGCACAACUCAAAGUUCGCAUUGGAAUUCAUACAGGGCCCGUAUGUGCUGGCGUAGUUGGCCAGAAGAUGCCACACUAUUGUCUGUUCGGAGACACUGUCAACACGGCGUCCAGAAUGGAAUCCACCGGAGAACCUCUCCGCAUUCACGUGAGCUGGGCGACCAAAAAUAUACUGGACACGUUCCAGACUUUCAAGUUGGAACUCAGAGGAGACGUGGAACUCAAGGGCAAAGGCGCAGUGGUAACAUACUGGCUAGUCGGAUGCACAGAACAGGAUCCUCGACCCCCAACGCCUAUAAGUACAGACACGCUGGACCCGAAUAACCCUUAUCCGUUGAUAUUCCCCGAGUUGAGCAAAUAGUCCAUGUUUAAAUAUUAUAAUAAUAUAUUGCCCAUUAAAAAGAAGUACAUGUUUUCGUUGUUGAUAUAUUUUUUUCGAACGAUUUUUAAAAUUGUAUAAUCGACGUCGUAUGCCGAACCGUAAAUGUAAUAGUAUAUUUUAUUGUGCAUACCUACACCAUGAAAUUAAA